CGCGUACGUAGAGAGUCACGUAACACGUUCCGUCGGAAUUGGCGGGUUGCUGGAGCUUGCGUGUAGCGUUACCUUUUGUCUGACCAUCCAAGGAAGGAACCUCGAUAAAAUAACUGCAAACUCUUUCCCCAGUCGACAUAUUUCAAACGUUUGUCGACACUUAAAGCCGCUCUAUCUGCGUUCAACCACCUCAUUUGGUGUUAUUUCGCCCUUAAUUCCGUAAUUCACAGGAUUUCUGUUUUUACGCCCUUUUUAGGUGAUGCAUCUCAGUGCUUCAGCCCGCACUGUUGACGUUGACAAGGAACCUGAAGGUUCCGCAGAGCCUCCCCCCUUCAUGACGAGCAUGAGCCAACCAACAGACACAGCCAGUGAUGCUCCCAGCGUCACCGAAGAAGACAAGCUGGCGGCCACCGCUGGAAAGAAGCAGAACAAGAAGAAGGUGGAGGAGGUUGUCGAGGAAGAGGAAGAAUAUGUGGUGGAGAAAGUCCUGGACAGGCGGGUGGUGAAGGGCAGAGUGGAGUUCCUGCUCAAAUGGAAGGGCUUCUCAGAUGAAGACAACACAUGGGAACCAGAGGACAACCUGGACUGUCCUGAUCUCAUUGCAGAGUACAUGCAAAAACAUAAAAGUGAUGACAAAAAAGAUUCUAGUGGAAAGAGGAAAGGAGAAUCUGACACAGACGGUGGAGAAGACAGCCGGCCUAAAAAGAGGAAAGAUGAGCAAGACAAGCCGAGGGGCUUUUCACGGGGGUUGGACCCAGAACGCAUCAUUGGAGCCACAGAUUCCAGCGGCGAGCUCAUGUUUCUAAUGAAAUGGAAAAACUCUGACGAGGCAGAUCUCGUUCCAGCCAAAGAGGCCAAUGUGAAGUGCCCGCAGGUGGUCAUCUCAUUCUACGAAGAGCGACUGACAUGGCACUCUUACCCUUCUGAGGAAGAAGAGAAGAAGGACGAUAAGAACUAGGCUUGUGAGGGAGAAUGAGAAAGGUGGCAAGUCAGGGGUGCUGUUAAACUAGUUUGAAUGAGCUUGAUGGGGGCGGGGGGGACAUGGGAAGUUUAGAAAUGAGGAAACGGAGACAAAAACUCUUACUCUCAAUGCCAUAAAAUCGGACUCAAGAUAUAUUCAGAGCAUGAUAUGCAGACGUGGAGUGAUCUUUAGUGGGCAAAAGUGACAUUAGUCAGAAUACUGACCUUCCCAUAAGAAACACAGGAUUAUUCUAUUUCCUCUUUGCUUCUCUUUCUCUUUCUUUUUUGUUUGAUUAUGGGAAAUGGGGUAUAAUGCUGCAGUAGUUGCUCAGUUGUUGUUCCUGGUGGUGAACGCCUGAUUAUGCGAUGGAUCCUAUGUGCACAUCCUCAUACUUUCUGUAUUUUUCUGACAAGGGAUUUGAAGGACUUUUAAUGUCUAAAGAAUGUGUCACUGUGUAAAAUGCUGCCUUAAGUUAAAACACAGCAAGUACGCAACACUGUAACUAAAAAAAAAACGAUGGUUAUAAAGUUUGAGUAAAUUGUGAUUGAUUUGAUAUCAGUGUGUACACAGUUUUCUCUGAAUCUAGACAGUUUUUGCUCAACUCUGUGUAGUUAAAGUGUUUUGUCUUUGCAGGGCAGUAUGGCCUAAUUUCUUCUCUUUUUUCCUUUCCAUUUCAUUUGUUGUGUAAAUGCAUUUGUCAGAGCAGUUGUCACCUUAUUAGUGAGCACAUUGUUGUGUAGUGCAGUCUUGCUCUUUUAGCAGUAUUUUUGAAUUUUUAUUCAUCAUGUAUACAGUAUUCUCAUCUUUAAUUCAUUCACCACUUGAGGAUAUACGCUGCGCAUGGAUAUAAAUAUAUUCACAAAUAGAUUUUUUUUGAUUAUUUCUAAGCUUAGUAAACUGCAUUUCCCAUAAUCUUAUAUAAACAUUUUUAUUUUUAACUGUUAGCUGUCAGUGUAUUUUAUCAGUUGCAUUACUGUGUGAAGAGGAGAUGUGCUCUUUAUAUUCCAGCUUCUCAGGCUGAACUUUCGAGUUUUAUAGGCUGAUCAAGGAGUGCCAGAACAGGCUUUGGAAAUACUUUAGAUAACAUUGAUGAAAAGUUUGCUUUUUUUGCUGUUUUACUCAAUUCUUUGGUGGUGCUCAAGAAUUAGAAUGUACUACACAGCUUAAUUGCAUCUUUUUUAUCAUAAAAAAAGCUCACCGAGUUUACCAUGCUACAGAUCAGGUCUCUUAGUACCACCUUUGCACCAGCAUAAACAUGUUAGUUAUGGUAAUAUUAAUUUUAAAACGUAAUGAAUCUCUUCAAAAUGUUUUUGCGUUGGCUAAAAUAGUGCUUGGAUCACUGGAUACGUUUUUUCGCUAAAUAUGGUAUUAAUAGUGGCAUACUCUUCUGCUGCGUACCAGAGAAGUCUGAAGUACUUUUAGUGGUACACAAUCAGUAAUGUGACUGCUUUAUAUUCCUCUCUGAUUGUCUGUUUUCUCUUUUAAAGUGUACUGUUUGAAGCAUGUUACUUUCUUUAAUUUUCACUUUUUCAAGGGGGAGACUAUUUGUUCAUUAAACCUUUUUUAUUAA